AUGAGAUUCGCGGCUUUCACCCUGUUGAUCGCGACCAUGGUCGCCGAAUCAUACGCCGACCUCCACAACGUCGCCGUAUGCGUCACUGGCCGGAAACUCAGCACCUUUGGCGGUACCCCUUUCUCGCCUAGCAUGACUUACUACGAGAACUAUGAAGUCCUGGUGCCAGCCACCGAGUGCGCCUGCGGAUACUAUUUCAACCGCAAGACUGGUACCAAGCAAUGGGACCGUUGCCCAGAUUGCACAUUCGACGCCAAUGAGGGAGUUUGCCGAUCAAAGGAUUGGCACAUUGGAGGCGACGAGAUGAACCAUUACUGCACCAAGUACUGCGGUGCUCAAGGUGCUGAGGCGAACUAA